AAUUACCUACGCAUAGUGACUCGUGCCACUAGCAUCUUUGUCUCUCUCUCUCUGCCUCGUCAAUCGUUCGUUUUUCUGAUCUUGGCAUCGAAUCUCUCUCUCUCUCUCUCUCUCGUCCGCCAUAUAAGUUUGCAGUUUGAACAAAUAAGGAGAGAGAGAGAGAGCGUCGGAAAUUGUCUUUGGUCCCAGCACCUAGCUUCACUGAGGGAAAUAAGGCACAGACAUGGCUGCAAACUCAGAUGCAGUAGUGAACGGGGUAUCACAGGCAUACCUGGAGAGCAAAGGCGUGAAGGAGACGAGGGCUCUGGUGUCCGAGCUCUGCCGCCACUUCUACACACUUGGGUGGGUGUCGGGCACCGGAGGCAGCAUCACCAUCAAGGUCCAUGAUGACUCCAUUCCUAAACCCCAACAGCUCAUCGUCAUGUCUCCAUCUGGUGUUCAGAAGGAAAGAAUGCUUCCCGAGGACAUGUAUGUGCUUUCUUCAAGUGGGUCUGUUCUCUCCGCUCCUUCUCCAAAGCCUUAUCCCCACAAGCCUCCUAAGUGUUCUGAGUGUGCUCCCCUCUUCAUGAAGGCUUAUGAGAUGCGUAAUGCUGGGGCAGUCAUCCACAGCCAUGGAAUGGAGGCUUGCCUUGUAACAAUGAUCGAUCCCUUCUCAAAGGAGUUCCGAAUCACUCAUAUGGAGAUGAUAAAAGGAAUUCAAGGGCAUGGUUAUCAUGAUGAGCUUGUGGUCCCAAUAAUAGAGAAUACUGCUCGUGAGAGUGAACUCACAGAAUCUCUUAUUCAAGCAAUUGAAGCCUAUCCAAAAGCAACUGCUGUACUUGUUCGCAACCAUGGGAUAUAUGUAUGGGGAGACUCAUGGAUCAGUGCUAAGACUCAGGCUGAGUGUUAUCACUAUCUCUUUGAUGCUGCUAUCAAACUUUAUCAGUUGGGACUGGAUUGGUCAACCCCAAGUCAUGGUCCAAUUCAUAGAGUUUGGGGUGGCAAUAGGAGUGUAAACAUGGCUGUUAAGGCAGGGACUUUGAAUUUAAACCAGGCAGUUGAAUCAUCCCGACGUUGUAUUGUUCUUGACAUUGAAGGGACAACAACUCCUAUAUCAUUUGUCAUGGAUGUUCUUUUUCCCUAUGCCCGAGAUAAUGUGAGGAAGCAUUUAACAACAACAUAUGAAACUGAAGAAACUAAAGAUGAUAUUACACUGCUGCGAGCUCAAGUUGAAGAUGACUUGGAAAAAGGUGCUGUUGGUGCUGUGCCUAUUCCCCCUGAUGAUGCAGGGAAGGAGGAGGUGAUUACAUCUUUGGUUGCUAAUGUGGAGGCAAUGAUUAAGGCUGACAGGAAAGUUACUGCCCUGAAGCAACUUCAGGGUCAUAUAUGGCGUACUGGAUAUCAAAAUAAUGAACUGAAGGGAAUAGUUUUUGAUGAUGUACCAGAGGCUCUUGAAAAGUGGCAUGCUUUGGGCAUCAAGGUGUACAUAUAUUCUAGUGGCAGUAGAGAGGCUCAAAGACUUAUUUUUGGCAAUUCAAAUUACGGGGACUUGAGAAAAUAUUUAUGUGGAUAUUUUGAUACCACAAUAGGAAACAAAAGAGAAGCACGGAGUUACUUUGAGAUUUCCCAGUCGGUGGGAGUAGACAAGCCCUCUGAGAUCUUAUUUGUAACAGAUGUUUAUCAGGAAGCAGUGGCCGCGAAGGCAACAGGUUUGGAAGUGAUAAUUUCCAUCCGGCCAGGAAAUGGACCUCUUCCGGAGAAUCAUGGGUUUAGAACAGUUGGGUCCUUCUUGGAAAUCUGAGACCAUGUAUGAUCUUUUGUAAUAUAGUUGAUUGGUUAUUUCUAGACAACAGGAAAAUAUAUACAGACAGAAAGAACUCUGAUUAUCAAUAAAAUGGGUUUUACUGUUGGAGAUUAAGAAGGGAA